UGCGUGCGUUCAAUAGACGUGUGAAAGAGUUCGCCAAUAAAUCACUUUAAUCCUCCGCAACGCCUUCAUAUCCAGACAUGAAAUAUCUGAUCGUACUUAGCUUGAUCGCAGCCGCCACCGCUGCCCCUGGCUUAUUGGGUUUGGGUCAUGGAUAUGCAGGGCCAGCGCUGAGUUUAGGGAGCUUAGGUCAUGGACCAGCUAUAAGCUACGCCGCUCCAGCUGUUAGUAUUGCUCACCCCGCCCCAGCCAUUAGUUACGCAGCGCCAUCCAUCAGCCUUGCAGCAGCGCCCGUAGUCAAGGCUUACUCCGCACCUGCUGUUGUCGCCGCGCCGACCAUAGUGAAGGCAGCACCAGCCGCCACCAGCUACUCUACCUUCAGUCAGGUCAUUCAACAUGCUGCCCCAGCCGUCGUUAAGGUCGCCGCCCCCGCGCCAGUUGCCGUAGCGGCUCCAGCCAUUUCUUACGCUGCACCCGCCCCGGCCAUCUCAUAUGCCGCAGCUGCGCCCGCCAUUUCGUACGCCGCACCCGCCCCAGCCAUCUCAUAUGCCGCAGCCGCGCCCGCCAUUUCGUACGCCGCACCCGCCAUUAAAUUAGCAGCUCCUUCGAUCUCCUACGCUGCAGCUGCCCCAUCCAUCGUGAAGUAUGCUGCUCCAGCCAUCAGCUAUGGAGGCGGUCUCAGUUUAGGCCACGGCUACCAUUAAAUGAAUGAAAACCGAACUGUAGCAAAAACGAAAAGGAUAUAUGAUUAUAGCAAGAACCUGAAGGCGAGACUACACCACAAUCACGUGGUGUGGUGGAAAAGAAGGACAAAUGCAACAAGGAUUUAUGGAAUAACGAAUUACAUGCUUUACGUCAUAGCGUCAGAUGGCCAUUUGGCGGUCAGCGCUUUUAAGUAUUUGCUCUUUUUUUUUUUUUUUUUUGUUGGUAGUCACUAAAUGGUUUAAUAAGAUUUUCUCAGAUCUAAAGAUCUAAAUAAUAUAUUUCCCUGCUUUCAAUAUGGGAAUUCGCCGUACUUUACAAUGCAUUUUUUUGCUUUGUUGUGAUGAAUUACCAACGUGUCGACAAUAAGAAGCCAAUAACAACAACAAAAGCGAUUCAUCAAUACGACAAUGCUUAAUAACAACAACCGCAAGAACAACAAACAACAAGAACGACAGCAAGCAGCCGCACGAUAUAUGUAGAUAAGAGGAGAGUGGAGUGUAAGAGCGUAUGCUCUCAGCAAUAAUUGUUCUCUUCAUCAUUUUCAUUAAUCUCUCUAUUUCAAAUGUAUUCAACUAAAUAAAUAAUUGUUUGAAUAAAAUAUUCAUUAUGGCAAGCCGAAAUUAAGUUCACAAUGGCAUGGCACACAAAAUACAUACAUACAUAUACACACGUACAACAGCAACAACAAAUUGCGUCAUUGCGUGCUCAAAAUGGCGUAACUGAGGAAUGUGGUGCAAAAUAAUACGGAGUUUGUCUAUCAAAGGAUUAAU